AUGCAUCCCAGUUCAACGACCUCCACCCCGUUCUCUGUUAAGGACAUUUUGAAGUUGGACUACCAGCAGGACGAGUAUGAAAAUGAUCUGCAGAUGAUGGACCAAGUCGUUCCGAUGCAUCAUCAUCAGCUGAUGCGCGCUGCCUCCAAAAGCGACGGGUUUUAUGACGCUCAGUCUGAGCGGUGCGUUCACGGGAUGCAGGAGAAGAUCGAGGUUCACAGAUCAUCUGCAGAGCAGAUGAAUGAACAAGACAAGUGUGGCCCCGGCUCUUCGCCCGUCUGUGACAGUGACGCUAAAGGCAGACGCAGGCUGCGCCGGAAACCCCGGGUCCUCUUCUCUCAGUCCCAGGUGUCCCAGCUGGAGAGGCGCUUCAGGCAGCAGUGCUACCUGUCCGCCCCGGAGAGAGAGCACCUGGCCGAGACCCUCAAACUCACCUCCACCCAGGUCAAAAUCUGGUUUCAGAACCGGCGCUACAAGUGCAAGCGUCAGACGCAGGACCGGUCCCUGGAGCUGGCCGGGUUCCCGCCGGCGCCGAGGCGGAUCGCGGUGCCAGUGCUGGUGCGGGACGGGCAGCUGUGCGGCGCAGGUCCCUACCACUCGGGGCCUUACAACGUGACUCUGGGACACUACAGCCCGGUGUUUGGCAACGGAAACAGCGACCUGUACGGCUGCAGGUACCAGCUGUCGGAUCCAGCUGACUCUGCUCCACCAGCUCCAGGCUUCUUCACAGGGUGUUAGAGGCUGCUGAUACACACUUGUU